UCCUUUUGCUGUGUGGGACAUGGAAUUAUGUGGUGGCGGUAUGCGCCUGAAUUCAGCGACUUGCUCUCCACAGUAAAAGAACGGAGCGAAGAAGAACAUCCUGCCGACGAGCCUCAUUGGUUGAGCCGCAGUGACGUCAGAGCUACUCGUCUGGUUCAGCGCUGUCAACAUGGCGGCGGUGGAUGUCAUUGUGGACAACUUGGUGGCACUCUGGAGGAUCCCGGCCGUCAGACACAACUUCCACUGGAUAUUUCUGCUCAUAUCGGCGGUGGGAUCGAUUCUGAAGGAGCUGGAGCUCGUCCCGCAGACAUAUUUCAGCAGCAACAGAAAUGCCCUGAAUGUGUAUUUUGUCAAAGUAUCCUGGGGGUGGACGCUGCUGCUGCUCACCCCCUUCCUCCUCCUCUCCAACUCCUCCUUCAGCAGGAGCGCGUCCUUCCUCGGCCGCCGGCUGCUGUCCCUGGCGGUGGCAACCACCAUCUGGUACGUCUUCACCGAGACCUUCUUCUACAUCGAGGACGCGACCGGCUCGUGUUUUGAAACUGACGGCAUCGAUGUCAUCAACAAGGAGUUCACUUCCAAAGUCAGCUGCAGGCGGGCCGGCUACCAAUGGGACGGCUAUGACAUCUCAGGACACUCCUUCAUCCUGGCCUACUCGGCUCUCUUCAUCAUAGAGGAAACGGCACCCAUGGCCUUCCUGAAGACGGCCAGUCUGUCUGCACUGACCAAGACGGUCCUCAACCUGUUGUACGUAGCCUUGAAUCUGAUAGUGAUUGUUUGGGUGUGGAUGUUUGCCUGCACCUCUGUUUACUUCCAUGACCCGUCUCACAAGUUACUAGGGACCAUAUGCGGCCUGUUAGGGUGGUAUCUGACAUAUCGGGUUUGGUAUCUAAAACCUUUUUCCCCGGGACUCCCUCCUCAGCGCCAUCCAAAGGGACUGAAACUUCACACCUGAGCUCCAGUCAUACUUCCCUGUCCAACAUUGUUGCUAAUGUUGCAGCCAUCCUCAUAACAACACACUACAUUUGAUGUUAUCCGUCUUCGGGUCCAAGCCUGCCAUUCUAUUUUAAGUUAUUCCCUCCCCUCAGAAAGGUCGUUUUGUAUAGGAUGGUGUUUGGCAGCUGCUGUUCCCAAAAUGACUCUUGGUAAUCUGAGAUAAAAACAAGAUGCUGCUCUGCUGCCCAGCUUCAGCCUCUCACUUUCAACCUCUGAGACUUGCCUGCUACACAAUUGUUUGUCCCCCAGUUUGUUGCCUUAUAAUGUUUGACUGUUGGAUGAGUCAUCAUAGUUUUUAGAUAACUGAGUUGGUACAUUUCAGAAUGUUUACAGUAUAGCACUGAUGGCGUAGAUCUUUGCAGACCAAUGUAAAGAAGCCACACAUUUUAUUUUAUAGGAAACUACCUGCAGAACAAAGUUAGAUCAGCCACUGUAACUACAGUGGGCCUAAAUGAUUUACUGAUUUAAAUUAUAUUGUUUGAAGUUGCUGUGACUGUGUGUCAACACUUUGUGUCCAUCACAAUUUGUAAUCAAAUAUUGCAUUGUGUCCAAGCAAAAGCAACAAAUCCGUGCAAUUGAAAUGCUGGAAUGAGAGAGUGUUUGGCUUUUGUGCUUGAAAAAAUAACUUAAACGAUAAAUUCAUUAUCAAAAGAGUUGCAGUUAAAUUAUCUAUUGAUGGGCUAAUUGAUUAAUCAACUAAUAGUUUCAGUUGUUACUUGAUUUGUUGUCAACAAAACCAUGAAAAGACCAACCGUCCCACUCCCAUAAAUACUAACUUCAUAACCAAAUCUGUAUUAAUUUGCAUCUGAAUGUUUGCUAAAACUACAGUGCCCAGCUGCCAGGAUUUUUUUUUUUUUAUAUAUCAAAGUUUAUAUUUAUUACGGAAGAUUUACGUCCUCAGUAGAAACCGAUAGUCUUGAGUCUCAGUGCCACAGACGGAGUAGGAAAGUUGUAAAAUAUUAAAAUAAUGAUCAAAAAUGUGUUGGUUUUGGUCUUUUUGUGGGAUUUAUUGACAAGGAGUAUUAUAGUAUAUUACCAACCUCACCUGAAAUGGGGAAUUUGGAAAACUAACUAUAGGUACUUGUAAAUCAUAGUGGAAAUUUUAUGAAUAUUUAUUUACAAUGUUACAAGCAAAUAACUUUUUCUAGCAUGUGUGUGCAUUUUCUUGAUGUGUCAAAUACAGUUACAAGCUCUACAGGGAAGGGAACAUCGUAGGUUGUGGUAAAAUAAUUAACCAGGAUCUGUUUAUUCCAUUUUCAUUAUUUAUUUUUCAUUGAUGGCAACUGAAUAAAUUAAGGCUUAUGAACAAACAUCAUAAAAAGCACCAUAAAUAAAUGCAUAUAUAUAGAAAUAUAAAAAAUAAAAAGUAAAAAAUAAAAAAAUACUAUAGUGAAACAUAAUGGCCACAAAUCACAUCUAGGUUUCUUGACUUGAGUCCUAACCGCUGUGCUUGCAGUAGUGAAAAAGCAUUCACAAUGAUUGGCUGAUUAUGAAGUCUCUUGACAUUUCCCCCCGCAGUGUCAUCUGCUGUUUGUCAUUUAACAAAAGUAGUGAGUGUCUGAGGAUCAAAAAGUAAACAUAAAGAACAAUUAAGCAGAUUUUAUAAUAAAAUCACAAAAAGGAAUUCGUACUUUACACUUUGUGUCAUCUUGCUUACUUAAAACCUUGGAAAAAUUCAGAUAUAUAUUUUUAAAUCUUCUCUUUUGUACCAUUUACAUCACUGCUGCUCAUGCAAAAACUGUUUGAAACCAAACAACCUCCCUGUUUCCUUUAAUGCACAUCUCAAAUGUCUUCUCUCCAAACAGUUACAACUAUAUGGCUGUACAGCACUAUCCAUAUCAAACAUGAAACUGAACACACAUGAACUACAGCUUCUUCACCUCUACUUUCUUCAUACGAAUCAGAUUUAUCAUCAGAUGUGACACAGCAAGUAGAUGCUGCUAUUAAAGGAGCAUUGAUCGUCGUCUUUGGUUCAACGUUUUCUGCCACAGCAGCUAAUCGCCACCUGCAGAGAUGAGUUUCUGCGGUCAGAGAAAACCAGGAGCAUCCUAACUGAAAAAAAAUGGCUUGAGCUGUACAGAAACACUGUACUGUGAGUCCUUACUGAAAUAAAUGUCUGUAUAACUGGCCAUAAAACCAAUAGCAGCUUACAACUCCAGCCAGUACCUCAUAAUGAGUUAAACCUAAAGAGCGCACCGUUCAGGAGCAGAAUUAUAACAUGGUAAAAGCUGGAGGUCUGAUUAAGAAAAAAAGCAGAAAGGCUCCCAUUAGGGGUGAACAGAGAGUGGAGAGGGAAAUGUACACUGCAUCAACAAACAAUGAGACAGCUGGCAAGGCUGGCCGGGAGGGGAGGCUUUUUCUUUUCCCCCAUCAUACUCCUUUUAAGCCUUCAGAUGAGUCAGCUUCUCCUCCCCUGUUCCCCUUAUUUAACCUUUGAGCUCGUGAAAAAUUCAGCCCCGGUAAAUUGAACGAAACAAUGUAUAAUUAAAAAUAUCUAUCUGUAAAAACAAUCUUGCAUCUGUCAGGAGGAGUUGGCGACAAACAAACAGCAGUUAAAAUCCAGUUUUUGCUUCGCUCAGUAUUGCUGAAGGACCAUCUUGAACACACUGUACAGUGCAGGUGCUUCAAAGGUUACAAUUAGCAAGAGAAUAUUUAGGAAAUCUGUGGUUUUAAUGUUCGGUAGUGAUCGUAAAUUCUGUCUCUGGGCAGUGUCCAUCCAUCACGAAACGCUUACACAUUAAGAAAGUACCCAUGCAACGAGAUAUACAUCCUAAACCUAAAGCAACACUAUUUGUGCCACAGAUGCAGAAUUUACAAUUUUACUACCAGUUCAGCCAAAGUGUAACUUUUCAAACACCCAAGUUCUGUAUAUCGUCUGAACUCCUGCUCAGCGAUAAAGAGGGUGACGGUGGACCAGUGUGUGCUGUGUGAUCGGUGGUGCUCUAAAUAAACU